AUGCCGCCACCUCAACCGUCGUUCCGGCCAGGACCACCACCGCCGCCUAUGAUGCAACAAGGGUUUCAUAGGCCACAGAAUAACCAUCAAAUGGGUGGUCCAUCGGACAGGCGGCCGGUUUUUUCCGGCCAUGGUCCACCGCCACCUGCCGCUAGGCAGUUUGGUCCACCAGCCAACUUUUUGCCGGCAAGGCCUGGCAACUUUGGACAAGUUCCACAAAAUCAUCAUCCAUCCAUGGGAUUUCGGCCCCAGAACUUUUUGCCUCCAAAUCAGCAGUUACGUGGCAAUGCACCGUAUCCUUUGGGUAGGCCAGGUCAUCAAUCUGUGCCACGUCAGCAGAUAUAUGAUCCGUUUUUUUGCCUGGUGCUGGGCCACAUAAGCCUGGGAAUCCUCAAAAUUUAA